ACCCACUAUCUAAAACCCUAAUUGUUCCUGCAUUACACCCCGAACCAAAUCAACUAGGGUUUUGCACUCAUCGUCUUCGAAGAUAAUUCAAUAACGGCGUUGACAUGGCUUUGGCUCCAAUCGAACCCCAAAGCUCUCCAAAACCACACAAAUUUAGUAAUUUCGUGGGCGAAAACUACGAACUCGCAUUAAACCAGUCGAUACCAAACCUUUUAGACUCACUUCGCACACCCUCUUUUGAUUUAUCUAUUUUUGCCUCCACUUUCAACGAAUUAAUGCAAGCUAAGGUUAAUCCACCUCUAGAAGUCAUCUGGGUUUACUCGGCUUUAACCUUUCGCAGCAACAAUUCAGCAAAAGACGACCCUUUGAAUCGAUUAACAGUCAUAAGAGAAAUUUUUCAGUUGAUAUCGGCUUGUUCGGCUUCAGUUAGCUGUUCGAAAAGCAUUGUUUUAAUAGCUCCUGUUAUAUACGAAGUGUAUAGAUUAAUUGUUGAUUUGAAGGCGAAAGAUUUGGGUCGUAAGAGAGAGAAGAAAGUGAAGAUUGAGGUCAAGUCUUUAGUUAACGUGAUUCUCGGGUACAUUAGUUUGUGUUGUUGUGAAGAUUCGAAUGAUGAAGACAUGUUGGGUUUGGAUUCGGAUGAUUUAAUUCGACCUUUGGAGGACCUAGUUUGUGUUUGGAUCGGUGAUCAAGUUGAUGCCAAUUCAGGGGGAAAGGAUGGUUUUAGAUUGUUUUUUCCACUGGUGACUGAUGAGAUUACUGAAAGGCUCAGUAAAGGAGAGUGUGAAGUUAGUGAGCUGGCCGGAGUUGUGAUCGCGGAGGCAUUUCUGUUGAGACUGUGCUUGGAUUUUCAUGUGGGGAUUGAGAGAUUGGAGUUGGAGAAAGAGUUGAGGAAUUGGAUUGUUGGUUCCAUGUCGGGUUUUCGGAACUUUUACUUCUUCGAGACCCUUGUGAGGAUGCUACUGGAGCCUACUUUGCCUAUAAGCUCCUUAUUGAAAUCUGAAGAUGAGAUUUUUCUGAGGAAAAUUCUGUAUGAUGCUGUGGUAUUAGUGGACUAUUCAUUCGUUAAUCCUGAGAGAGUGAUUCAUGUACCUGCCAAGAACAUGAGAAGUCUAGCCAUUGCCAGAUUGAUGGUUACACAUGAAGCCAUAGAGUUGUUUAGGGAAGACGGGAAUCAAACUAAAGCCAUCUCUUAUAUAAAUGCCUUCUCUAGAUCUCAUUUACCUUCUCAACUGAUUAAGUGGUUCACUAGUGAGAUUGGCAAGGAGGGCAAAGCUAGUAGACCAAAGGGAUCAUCACCUAAAGCAUUAUUGAAAUGGUUACUUAACCUAGAGAAUCAAGGGAUUAAAUCAUUGGAUGAUGGCAUCUCAAAAUGGUGUGCCAAAGUAGAUUUUUCAAAAGCAGACUAUGAGCAACUGGCAUAUAAUGCAGAAGGGGACAAGUCGGCUGGUGAUCUCUUCUACAUUGAUAACAAGGGUGAAAUGGAAAUUGGGAACGUGGGGGAUGAACAGAUGAAUGAGUCCAUGAGUGCUGCAUUUGUGGCUGCUGCCCAGACAAUGACACCUGACGAAAAUGGUCGGAGAAGAAAACGGAAGGAACGGAAAAAUAUUGAAAAGAAAAAACAGGUAAAGUUUCUCAAGUACAAUCUAUAUGACAAUUCUGGUUCAUCAGGAGAUAAGUUCACACUCAGCAAAGAUGCUUCAAAUAGUGAGAGCGACGUUGAGAAUCCACUUUCCGAUGAAGAUGUGGCGGUGAAUGAGUAAUAAUGGCCUAUGGAGAAAUUCUUAAUGGACAGGCAAGACAUACAUGCAGUCUGUUUCAUGGUUGGCUAAUAUAUGUUUAUGACUGACAGUUGUCAAUAGGGAGCCGGUAUGAUGCUUCUAGGAUGGUUCUCUUUCGCUAUCUAAAUAUAGUUUCCAAAUCAUUUGUCCUUGAGUUUUCAUUUCCAAAUCAUUUGUGCUCUGAUUUUCAGGAAUUUUUGCCCCUGUAAACAAUGUAUUCUGGAUGGCAUUGCCAUAAUCAAUCUAUUUUGUUGAAGCCUCCUGAUA